CUCACAGUAUCCGUGGGUGUACUAUUUUGUCCUCUUUGUCCUCGUCCUCCUCUCGCGAACCUUACAUUACAAUACAAAGCACUCUGUUUAAAGCAGCCUCAUUUUCACACAACCCAUUACCUAAUCAUCAAUUCAUCAUCCCCUGCUUCUAAUUCCUCUAUCUCAGAAGAUACCUCUCUGGAGAGUGCCUGCAGCAUGACACUGUCCCUCUCGCUGUUGCACAGGCAAUUCGUAGCUAUAGAGCCGUAGAGUCGGUGAACCUCAUUCUGAUUGGUAGAGGGAGAAACAAAAGGAAAGAUUAAAAGGUGUUUGUAGUUAUGCCUCAGAGGAAUGAAAACAAGCAAACAAUAAGAUCUUGGCGUGUAUGUGUGUGAGUGUAAUACGAGAGUACUGUCUGUGUAGCGAAUGUGUAUAGCUGAUGAGGUUCUGGACAAAGAUGUGGUGGGAUUGAGGUUUUGGAUUGGAUCUGACUUAGCCUGAUCAGAAUAAGAGGCGUGAGAACACACAUAGAGAUAAAUGACAGAAGAGAGUGAGCACUCUGCUGGCAAUUGUAUGAGUUCAUACAUUUGCAGGUGGGUGCUCACUUUUCUUUCUGUCAUAUCUCGUUUUCCUUUGUCGUGUGUUCCUUCGUCGCACAGAAGCCACCUUUCAUGUCUUUCUCUUUUCUGGCCUCCAUGGCUCUAUCUGCAGUUCAACACUCCACAGGAGAGAGUUUUACUCUCAUAUUCUCUUACUAGCACGGUCACUUUUGACUCUCUCAGCCAGAUCGCUUCGUUUUGUGUUCAUCUUUUUCUGAAUCUCUUUCAGUCAAUUUUGAAAGGUUACAGAAAGCAUGCUGUGCUUAUGCACACACAGACCCCCAUGAUACUAUAGCCCUUGAAAUGACAUAUCUAGCAGCAGGCCUAGCUAGGCGCCUCCCAAAUCUGAUCCCUAUCCGCUUAAUGUUCUUUAUCUCGAUCUGCUAGAACCUACUAAUCCUAGUGUCUAACCUGAUCUGAUUUCUUAGCCCAAAAAACCAAAAAAGCGAUAAUUAGGAGUGUCUAUAUUCAUGCUGUUUUUGAGUAUCUGGAGAUAAGAGCUAGCGUGUAAAGGCUUCUCUCCAUCUGUUUAUGACCUGAUCUUUAUCUUUUCCUGUAUUUAAUCUUUUUUUCCCCAGUUGGCUGUCUGUAAAUUAUUUUUUUGCCUUUUUUAAUAUUGUUUGCGUGACUUUUUAUGGUACUCUCUCCUUCCGGGGAAGUAGAAACUAGAAGACCCAAAAGAAAUUCUUGAAGGUACGCUCUGUUACUGUUCAUAUUUUAACGGAAAGCUGUAUGCUUUCUUCAGUUUUCUAUCAAACCCUUAUUUUCAUUUCCUCUUAUUCACCAUGCAAAGAGCUAAAGGCCCAUGUUUUGGCCACCCGAUAAGCUCGAAUCUUCCGAGAAAGGAGCGAAAGGGGGGAAAUUUGUAUCAGGAAUAUAAGACAACGGGAAAAUAAAUCGAAGCUUUAAUAAUAAUGCAGAGAUUUAAAGCGAUUUUUCUCGACGAAUAUUGGAAUCUUUGUAGAGUUGGAGGAAAAAGGAAAGUCUUGGGAACGUGUUUCAGGAGGCUAAAUAUGGGAAGAUUUCGUUCUUUCCCUUUCUGGGUUGGAAUGCAUUUAGUACUUGCCGUAAUUGAAGGAUUUAAAGAUGCGAGCUUCCUUUUACAGAACCUGUUUGGCGUUAGGAAGCAGAAACCUGCCUCACCUAUUUCCUGCAGUAUAAUUGCUCAGAAUUCUGGUGGAAGAGAAAGUGUCAAGUGAAGGAUCAAGUGGUAUGGAUAAUGUGAGCCCAGAAGGUUUAGAUUCAAAUGGCGAUUGUUAUCCCACCUAUCCAAACAAACAUUUAGGACAUGGCAGCAAAGAAUCCAUUAAUAAAUUAAAGGGCAUUGUGCCACGGCAGAAUGGGAGUUGGGGUUCUAAGAUGUAUGUUAAUAGUCAUCAGAUUUGGCUUGGGACUGUCAAGUCCAAAAAGGAACCCGAGAUGGCUCAUGAAAGUGUGACUAUUCAGCUUCGCUGCGCUGGUUCUCACCAGAAUUUUCCUUGGACUGAUUUUACUGUUGAGGAGCCAAGCUUCAUGAGUCAAUAUAGCCAAGAAGCUGUACUUGAGAUGAUAAGGGGUGGUUCAUGCCAACCAAUAUUCCAAGGACAUCAUAGGGAUAAUUAUGGAAAGGCUGAAUUAGGUAUUUGUGGCCCCAACCUUUCUGCAAUGCAGAGGAGAGGUGGCUUCUCAUGUAAACUACUUUUCCGAAAGAUGCUGACACCGAGCGAUGUGGGUAGGCUGAACAGAAUUGUCAUACCCAAGAAAAAUGCCACCACGUGCUUUUCUGAGAUCUCUGGAAGAAUGGAAGAAGAUGCAAAAGUUGGAGUGGUCACUGAUGUGCAGGUAGAUUUCUUUGACAGAAUGAUGAGGUGCUGGAAGUUCCGGUACUGCUUUUGGAAGAGCAGCCAGAGUUAUGUGUUCACGAGGGGUUGGAGCAGGUUUGUGAAAGAUAACCAGUUGAAGGUUAAUGAUGUUGUUGCCUUUUACUUGUGUGAAGUCCAAAGGGAAGGAAAAAUAGUGGACAAGUUCUUCAUGAUUGACCCUGUGAGAGGUGAAGAAUCUGUUGGUAAUGGCAGCAGCAGCUCAGUGAUUGAAGUUUCUGAUCACAAUGCUGGGUUGAAACCUGAAAUGUUAACCUCGGUAUUUGAAGGCACUUAUCACAACAAUGUUGGGUUGAGACCUAAAAUUAGUAGUUCAUCAGUAUUUGAAGGAGCUUCUUGUCACCACCAUAAUGUUGAGAAGAAGCUCGGAGAGGAAGUGACGGAAGUUGACCCACCAAGCAAUGUUGAGAGGAAAGGAUUUAGACUCUUUGGGGUUAAAAUCAAUUGAAGGACGUAGGCCUUCUUAUAUUAUGACAUAUUUUAUGGUAUACUUUUAUAAAGUUAGGGUUUGUAGUGUUUUUCCAUAAUCUGGUCUAUGCAUAUAUGAUAUGAAUGCCUUAUACUUGAGUUUGUGACAUGGGUUUUGGCAUUUAAGUUUUGAUCAUUAUUAGAUCAUUGAUAAACUCUCAAGACUCUUUACACUAUUAGGAUGAUGUAAUUUAUGGCUUAUUUGUUA